AUGGGUCUGGGCAUAGCCAAAGCUGGAGGCAGACUGAGCAAAGCAGCGCAAAGCAGGAGUUUAUUCUUGGGAGUUUCACAAAGCACUGAAAUUCCAGAUUGUGGCUCCGCCUCAACCCUGUUGUCAGGAUAUCCUGUAAUUCAGCCAUAUAAAGUGAAGAGUGGUCGAUUUCACCUCAAACCACGAUUUGCCAUUUUCCUGUCUCUAAAUAAGGCAAUAUCUAAAUAUCUAAAUUGUUCUGACAGGUGCCUGGCACGCAGAAGGAACAAAUAUUUCCUCAUCAUACUCCAAAUGUUAAUACUUUUAUUUCUUGGACUGGUGAUGCAGAAUUUCUGCACUCGGACAGAAACGACAGAACAGGAAAAAAGAUGUGAUAAGAAGUCUGUCUUGACAAUUAGGACUGAGUGCCAAUCCUGCUCUUACAACUUUGCAAUCAAUUGCCCUGAAGGUUACACCAAGAUUACCAAAGGCAGUUCUGGGGUUAGAGACUGCAGAUACUGGUUCACAUAUGAAAUGAAAGCAUACUCCUUGGCCCUCCCUGGGUGCCGCCACAUCUGCAAAAAGGACUACAUGCAGCCACAGUGCUGCCCUGGGCACUGGGGCCCCGACUGCAUGGAGUGCCCAGGAGGAGCAAAGUCUCCCUGCAAUGGCCAUGGCAGCUGUGCAGAUGGCAUGGAAGGAAAUGGAAUCUGCUCCUGCCAAGACCCAUUUGGAGGCACUGCCUGUGAAACCUGCACUAGCAACAACCUCUAUGGACCCAACUGUUUAUCAGAGUGCAACUGCGUACACGGCGUGUGUAACAGCGGACCGAUGGGCAAUGGGACCUGCGAGUGCUACUCUGCAUACACCGGCCCCCGCUGUGACCAGGCCAUCCCCGCCUGUGCUGCCUUGCUCUGCCCAGAACAUGCCAGAUGCUCCCCUUCCAGUGAGGAUGACACGAAGCUGGAAUGCAAAUGCCUCCCAAAUUACAAAGCCGAUGGCAAAGUCUGCAAGCCCAUCAACCCAUGUUCACAGAAGGUCUGCUCCCCACAUGCUAAGUGCACCUACCUGGGGCCAAAUCGCCACAACUGUACCUGCCUAGAGGGCUACCAUGGGGAUGGGCAGGUUUGCCUGCCAGUGGACCCCUGCCAAGACAACUUUGGAGACUGCCCCCCACAGUCCACCGUGUGCAAAUAUGAUGGGCCAGGACAGUCCCACUGCGAGUGCAGGGAGCACUACCACGACUUUGUGCCUGGAGUGGGCUGCAGUUUAACUGACAUCUGCAAAACCAAGAACCCCUGUCAUCAGCAUGCAAACUGCACCACCAUCGCCCCUGGCCAGACCAGAUGCAGUUGCCAGAAAGGUUAUAUGGGCGAUGGCUCAAAGUGCUAUGGAAACAUCCUCCAGCGCCUCCAAGAACUCAACAUUGAACCUGGAGGAAAAUGGCAGGGCAAGCUGACUGCUUUCACAUCCCUCUUGGACAAAGCCUAUGGUUGGCCACUCAAUAACCUGGGACCAUUUACGGUACUGUUGACAACAGACAAAGGAUUGAAAGGCCUCAAUGUAAAAGAGCUCUCAAAAGAUACUCAAGCUGUUCAGUACUUUGUGAAACUACACAUCAUUGCUGGGCAAAUGAGCUCUAAGCAGAUGAAUAACACAAGCAUUUUCUACACCUUGACGGGAAAGGCAGGCGAGAUCUUCAAUGGCGAUAAGGAUAACCAAUUGAAGCUUAAACUGUUUGGAGGAAAAAAAAUAGUAAAAAUUAUACAGGGGGAUAUAAUUGCUUCCAAUGGGCUCUUGCACAUCCUUGACAAAGCCAUGGACAACCUGGAGCCCUCUUUCAAGAGCAACACUGAGCAAACUAUUAUGAAGAUGCUGCAACCAAGAUAUAGCAAGUUCAGAUCUUUGCUAGAGAAAACCAACAUGGGGCAAGCCUUGGAGGAAGAUGGGGCUGGUGAACCUUAUACCAUUUUUGUUCCAAGGAAUGAAGCAUUGAGUAACAUGAAAGCUGACAAACUCGAUUACCUUCUUUCUCCAGAGGGAUCUCAGAAGCUUCUGGAACUUGUCAGAUACCACAUUGUCCCAUUUACACAGCUUGAGGUGGUCUCUCUCAUUUCCACCCCUUCCAUCAGGAGCAUGGCCAACCAGAUGCUACAGUUCAACACAAGCAGCACAGGUAGGAUUCUGGCAAAUGGGGUGUCCAUGGAAGAAAUUGAAGUGGCAGCCAAAAAUGGCCGGAUUUACACCCUGAACGGAAUCCUCAUCCCUCCCUCCAUUGUCCCGAUUCUGCCCCACCGCUGCGAUGAAACCAAGAACGAAAUGAAGCUGGGCACCUGUCUGAGCUGUUCCCUGGUGCGCUUGAGCAAAUGUCCUGCCAAUUCUGAACCCAUGGAUCUCUUCACGCAAAAAUGUGCCUAUAGUGGCAGGACCAGAAACCUGAAGAAUGGUUGUGCCAGAUACUGUAAUGCCACUCUGACGAUACCCAAGUGCUGCCCAGGCUUCUAUGGCCCUGACUGUAAACAGUGUCCUGGAGGCUUCAAGAAUCCAUGUUCAGGAAAUGGAAAGUGUGCAGACGGCAUCGAUGGGAGUGGUGUGUGUACCUGCUUUGAGGGCUUUCAAGGUUCCCACUGCCAGUUUUGCGCCCACCCCCACAGAUAUGGACCUCUCUGUAACAAAGAUUGCCCAUGCCUCUAUGGCAAGUGUGAUAACAGAGUCAACAGCGACGGGGCCUGCCAGGAAGACACAUGUGAGGUCGGCUUCACAGGGAGAUUCUGUCACAAGCAGACCUCUACCUGUGGGCCCUUUGUGCAGUUCUGUCACAUCCAUGCCACCUGCGAGUACAGCAAUGGGACGGCGAGCUGUGUUUGCAAAGCAGGAUACAAAGGGGAUGGAAUCAUCUGUUCAGAAGUGGACCCUUGCAUGGAACUAAUCCCAGGAGGCUGUAGCCCCAAUGCAGAAUGCCUUCGAACUGGCUCAGGAACCCACACUUGUGUGUGCCAGCAGGGCUGGACCGGGGAUGGGAGAGACUGCUCAGAGAUCAACAAGUGUCUUAUGCCAGACAAGGGUGGUUGCCACCACAAUGCCACCUGUUUGUAUGUUGGCCCAGGACAGAAUGAGUGCGAUUGUAAGAAAGGAUUUCAAGGCAAUGGCAUUGACUGUGAACCUAUAACUUCAUGCUUAGAACAAACUGGAAUGUGCCAUCCUCUGGCAACCUGUCAGCUGGCUUCCUCUGGCCUCUGGAGGUGUGUGUGUCGAGAGGGCUUUGAAGGAGAUGGCCUCCUGUGCUAUGGAAAUGCAGCUGUGGAGUUGUUAUCACUCUCUGAGGCAGCUCAAUUUAACCAAUGGAUAAAUAAUGCAUCUCUACAACCCUUGCUGUCUGCUGCCUCCAACCUCACAAUUCUCGUGCCUUCCCAACAAGCUGUUGAGGACAUGGAUCAAAAUGAGAAGGACUUUUGGUUGUCUAAGAGCAAUAUUCCAGCCCUAAUAAAGUACCAUAUGCUCCUGGGAACAUAUGGAGUGACCGAUCUACAGGCUCUGUCCUCGUCUGACACGCUGGCAACGUCCUUGCAGGGCAAUUUCCUCCAUCUAGCAAAAACAGAUGGGAAUGUCACGCUGGAUGGGGCCUCCAUCAUUGAUGGCGACAAUGCAGCCACCAAUGGAGUAAUUCACAUCAUUAAUAAGGUUCUGGUUCCCCGAGGAGGCCUUACUGGCUCUUUACCAAAUCUACUCACAAGGCUGGAGCAGAUGCCCAACUAUUCCAUCUUCCGAGGCUACAUGGUGCAAUAUAAUCUGGCAAGUACCAUUGAGGAAGCUGAUACUUAUACAGUAUUUGCACCAAACAAUGAUGCUAUUGAGAAUUACAUCCAGGAGAAGAAGGUUAGAACUCUAGAAGAGACCAUCCUCAAGUAUCAUGUGAUCUUGAAGGAGAAACUUCUAAAGAAUGACCUUCACAAUGGCAUGCACCGGGAGACCAUGCUGGGCUUCUCCUACCUCAUUGGCUUCUUUCUUCAUGAUAACCAGCUCUAUGUCAAUGAGGCUCCUAUCAACUAUACCAAUAUAGCCACUGACAAGGGAGUGAUCCACGGCUUGACAAAAGUUCUGGAAAUUCAGAAGAAUAGAUGUGAUAUUAACAACACGUCUAUUGUACGAGGAGAGUGUGAAAAGUGUCCCUCAAAGCACAUCUGCCCUCUGGGAACAAAACCACUGGGCGUCGUGAGCCACAAGUGUAUCAUCACCUUUUAUUUCAAUGGCAAGCGGAACCUGUUCAUCGGGUGCCAGCCCCACUGUGUGAAAACCAUCAUUACCAAAGAGUGCUGUGCCGGUUUCUUCGGGCCCCAGUGCCAGCCCUGCCCGGGGAGGGACAGUGUCUGUUCCGGGAACGGAAUCUGCCUGGAUGGUGUGAAUAGCACUGGCGCGUGCAUGUGCGGAGAUGGCUUCAACGGCACCUCCUGUGAGACAUGCACCGAGGGCAAGUACGGUGUCCACUGUGACCAAGUGUGUCCUUGCAUCCACGGGAUAUGCAACCAGGGACCAUUGGGGGAUGGCUCCUGCGACUGUGACGUGGGCUGGCGUGGUGUGAACUGUGAACAGGAGAUCACGAAGGACAGCUGCAAUGGAACCUGCCACACCAGUGCUAACUGUCUUCUCAGUGCAGAUGGCACAGCUUCAUGCCAGUGUGCAGCAGGGUUCCAGGGCAACGGGACAGCCUGUGCAGCAAUCAAUGCUUGUGCGACCAGCAAUGGUGGCUGCUCUGCCAAGGCUUUCUGUAAGAGAACCACACCAGGAAAGCGGGUGUGUGUGUGCAAGGCAGGCUACACGGGGGAUGGCAUCGUAUGCCUGGAGAUCAACCCGUGUCUGGAGAAUAAUGGCGGCUGCCACCAGAAUGCAGAGUGCACACAGACAGGGCCCAACCAGGCUGUGUGUAACUGUCUGCCCAAGUAUACCGGGGACGGCAGGUUCUGCAUGCUCAUCAACAGCUGCCUGACUAAUAACGGCGGCUGCAGUCAGUUUGCCACCUGCAACCACACGGGGUUGGAUGAGAAGACCUGCACUUGCAAGCCCAACUAUGUGGGGGAUGGAUUCACCUGCCGGGGGAAUAUCUACCAGGAGCUCCCAAAGAACCCGAAGACAUCCCAAUACUUCUUCCAGUUGGUGCAUCAUUCCGUGCGAGAACUGGUGGAAUUGGGUCCCUUCACUGUCUUUGCGCCUUUGUCUGCAGCCUUCGAUGAAGAACCCAGGAUUAGCAACUGGAGCAAACAGGGUCUGAUGGCUCAGGUUCUUCGGUACCAUAUAAUCGGCUGCCACCAGCUGUCCCUGGAAACCUUAAAACUGACCCCAAAUGCCACCUCCCUCCAAGGAGAUUCCCUAGUCAUCUCUGUGUCUCAGGACAUGGUGUAUAUCAAUAAUAAAGCAAAAAUCAUAUCCAGUGACAUCAUCAGCACCAAUGGAAUCAUCCACAUUGUAGACAAGUUGCUGACUCCCCAAAACUUCCUCAUCACCCCUAAUGCUUCUGGAAGGAUUGUGCAAAACCUUACAACAAUGGCAAACAACUACGGAUAUGGCAAAUUCAGCAGCUUAAUUAAGGACUUGGGCCUGCUGGAUCUGAUCACCGAUCCCAUGCACACCCCUGUCACUCUCCUUUGGCCCAAUGAUCGUACCCUGCAAGCCCUGCCCCGUGAGAAGCAGGAUUUCCUGUUCAAUCCAGACAACAAGGACAAGCUGAAGGAAUAUCUCAAGUUCCACGUGAUCCGGGAUGCCAAGGUUCUUGCCGCGAACCUGCCCCGGGCAGAUGCCUGGAAGACUCUUCAGGGCUCAAAGCUAAGAGUGAAGUGUGGAGUGGGUGGCCAACUGGGUGAGCUCUUCCUGAAUGACCAAACCUGCAGAAUUGUACAGCGAGGGAUCUCAUUCGACCUCGGAGUGCUCUAUGGCAUCAACUGUCUCCUGAUCGACCCCACCCUAGGGGGCCGCUGUGACAGCUUCACCACCUUCAAUGUCUCGGGAGACUGCGGGAGCUGUCGCAACACUCCCAGCUGCCCACGAUGGAGUAAACCAAAGGGGGUGAAGCGUCGGUGUCUGUACAACCUCUCGUUCAAGAGAAACUUGGAAGGCUGCCAGCAUGUGUGCACCAAAGUGAUCCAGGUCCCCAGGUGCUGCAGCGGCUACUUCGGGAGAGAUUGUCAGGCCUGUCCUGGAGGUCCAGAUACCCCAUGCAACAACAGGGGUGUCUGCCUCGAUCAGUACUCGUCCACCGGAGAGUGUAAAUGCAACACAGGCUUCAACGGGACCGCAUGUGAGCUGUGCUGGCCAGGGAGGUUCGGGCCAGACUGUCAGCCUUGCAGCUGUUCCAGCCACGGACAGUGUGACGAGGGCAUCCUGGGCUCUGGGCAGUGCCUCUGUGAGAAGGGCUGGACUGGCCGCUUCUGUGACACUCAGGAAGUUCUGCCCCCCGUGUGCAUGCCUCCAUGCUCUGCUCAUGCCACCUGUAAGGACAACAACACGUGCGAGUGUGACCUGAACUAUGAAGGGGAUGGAGUAACGUGCACAGUGGUGGAUUUCUGCUCUCAGGACAAUGGUGGCUGUGCCAAGGUUGCCACAUGCUCCCAGAAGGAUACCCAGGUCUUCUGCAGAUGUCCCAAGGGUUACAGGGGGGAUGGCCACAGCUGCAAGGAGAUCGACAACUGUGCAGAUGGCCUCAAUGGCGGCUGUCAUGAGCAUGCCACCUGCACAAUAACUGGCCCGGGCAAGCACAAGUGCAAAUGCAAACCUCACUAUGUGGGUGAUGGGCUGGACUGUGAGCCAGAGCAGCUGCCAGUGGAUCGCUGCCUGCAGGACCAUGGGCAGUGCCACAUGAAUGCAAACUGUGCUGAUCUCCACUUUCAGGACACCACGGUGGGUGUGUUCCACCUGCGUGCCCCCAGCGGCCAGUACAAGUUGACCUUCGACAAAGCCAAGGAGGCUUGUGUGGAAGAAGCUGCUACCCUGGCCACCUACAACCAGCUCUCCUAUGCCCAGAAGGCCAACUACCAUGUGUGCUCAGCAGGCUGGCUAGAAAAUGGGCGGGUGGCCUACCCCACAGCCUAUGCCUCUAAGAACUGCGGCUCUGGUGUGGUUGGGAUAGUGGACUACGGAACAAGAAACAAUAAGAGUGAGAUGUGGGAUGUCUACUGCUUCCGGAUGAAAGAAGUGAACUGCACCUGCAAAGAGGGCUAUGUGGGCGAUGGCUUCUCGUGCAGUGGGAAUCUGCUGCAGGUCCUGAUGUCUCUCCCCUCGCUCACAAACUUCCUGAAGGAAGUGCUGGCCUAUUCCAAUAGCUCAUCCAGGGGCCAGGCCUUUCUCAAGCACCUUGCCAACCUGUCCAUCCAGGGCACCCUCUUUGUGCCACAGAAUGAUGGGCUCAGGGGAAAUGAGACGCUGUCAGGACGGGACAUAGAGCACCACCUCACCAAUGUCAAGGUCUUCUUCUACGAUGACCUGGUCAACGGCACUACACUGAGGACCCAACUUGGCAGCCAGUUGCAUAUCACAUACAGCCAGGACCAGCAGCAACAGGACACUCUGUUUGUGGAUGGAAGAGCCAUUCUGCAGAGGGACCUCGUUGCCUCCAAUGGGAUCAUUCACGUCAUUUCUGGCCCCUUAAAAGCACCCACGGUUCCAAUGCAUGCAGGGCACACCGGCCUGGGCAUGGGCAUAUUCUUCGCCAUCCUCCUUGUCAUCGGUGCCAUUGCCUUAGCUACAUAUUCUUACUUCCGGUUCAAAUGGAGAACCAUUGGCUUCCAACACUUUGAGUCAGAAGAGGACAUUGAUGUCUCAGCUCUGGGCAAGCAGCAGGAUCCCAAGAACAUCACCAACCCCAUGUAUGAGAGUGUGACCUCGGCCCCCCCAGAGCCUUCCUAUGACCCCUUUAUGGACUCAGAUGAAUAGCACCUGGACAGCACUGAUUCCCCUGGGGGCACUGUGAGCCCCUCAGGCCACCUACUUCACCUCCAAAAUGUUCCAAGCGUAAAUCUUCAGCACCCAGACAGG